AAAAUACAGUGACAUAUGCGUGACAUUUUUACGGUGGCAACAUCGCCUAUGUGGCGGUUACGCAUGCAAUGACUAAGCGAACACGUCAUAUAGUCAACUUCUGUCAUUGUGAGCUUCGAUCGAAUUCCCGCUUUAACUGUUUGGCGCCCUCCAUUCCACGCCACCACUCCACCACCUUCAUUCCCGAAUAACAAGAAACCCUAAGAAUAUUCUCUCCAUCCUCUUCCCCUUUUCUUUUCAUUUCCUGCAAUUAAUCUAAGUCUAAGUUUCCAGAUUACUGAUUUUAAUUUACAAAUCAAAAUCACGAAAAAUUGUGUUAGUUCUCGUCGAAUUUCGGAUGGCAGGGACGAGGAACACUCUUCCGACACGGAUUAGUGCGGCGGCGACGAAACGGGUUGAAUUUGAUGGAAAUAUGGAGAAAUCGAUGGUAGGGAAAGAUGAUGAGCAACAAGAUUCCAGAAUCAAAACCCUAGCUGAUGUCAAAUUAGGUUUCGGAGAGCGGGCGGUUUCAGCCGCCGCUGCCUCCGUCAUCUCAGCUCUCAUCGUUAAUCCUCUCGAGGUCGCCAAGACAAGAUUACAAGCCCAGGCUGCUGGUGUCCCUUAUCAAAAUCAAUGUGGUCCAGCAUGUUCUGAAUCAAACAAGAUGCUUUCAAACCUGAGAUCAACAUGCCAUCGUGAACAUUCUCAAUAUAAAGGAACUUGUGACGUUUUCUACAAAGUCACACGUCAGGAAGGAUUUUCUAGAUUGUGGAGAGGCACAAAUGCUAGCUUAGCCCUGGCUAUCCCUACUGUGGGAAUCUACUUACCUUGUUAUGACAUGUUGAGAAAUUUUCUGGAGGAGCUUUCUGAACAGCAUGCUUCUAGUUUGAGUCCAUAUUCCCCUUUAGUAGCUGGAUCUGCUGCUCGCAUGUUGGCAUGUAUUACUUGUUACCCCAUAGAACUGGCACGGACACGGAUGCAGGCAUUUACUGAUACCCGGGCUGGUGGCAAGCCUCUAGGAGUUUGGAAAACACUGCUUGGGAUCAUGUCCCCUGUCAGAAGUGCUAAUCAAUUUCAAAACUUACAAAGUUAUCGUGUCUUGUGGACGGGUCUUGGAGCUCAACUUGCUCGUGAUGUUCCUUACUCUGCCAUUUGCUGGGGAACACUUGAGCCUAUCAGAAGAAGAAUUAUCAGUUUGACAGGGGAUGAAAUGAAUGCGGCGAAUGUUGUAGGUGCAAAUUUUGCUGGUGGAUUAAUUGCAGGCACCCUUGCUGCAGCUGCCACAUGUCCACUAGAUGUUGCAAGAACGCGGAGGCAGAUAGAGAAAGAUCCAGCUAGGCAGAUAAGGAUGACAACAAGGCAUACAUUGAUGGAGAUAUUGAGGUGGCCUGUCUGCAGGGAUGGAGGUUGGAAAGGGCUAUUCACAGGAAUUAGUCCUCGGGUUGCCCGUGCAGGUCCUUCAGUUGGGAUUGUAGUUUCGUCAUAUGAGCUGAUGAAAUAUGCCUUGUAUCACAGACACUUGACUGGUGAAUGAUCUGGGUGCGCUAUAAUCCUCUAACUGGUUCAUACUGAUCUACAAAGGGCAUUGGUUGAACGGACUACAUACUGAAUACGAGAGUAAAAUUCUUUUACAUCACAGAAGCACAGAUUUUUUUGAUAGAAACUGUUCCUUUCUUUCUUAAAGGCAUUGUACCAAGUUUUUCUUUGGGCAAGGUAGUGAAGUACCAAGCUUUGAUUGGUUUUGUCUCUUCAAGUUUUAGCGACAAAUUCAAAUAUGAUGAUCUUAGUUAUAGGGGAUAAAACAGCUUGAGCUGUCAAGAUGGUAGAGAUCAUGCAUUUAAAAGUGCAAUUCUUUUGAAUAAUAAAAUGUUGUAACUUUAA